UCGCGUCUCGCGCUGCCUACGUCUCCGACACUGACACCCAGGCGACACCUCGAAUUGCCUGUCUCUCAUUCCUUAUCUCGUCUUCUUGUUCGGACAUUUCACGAAUCCGGAGUCACUUGAAAGGACUGGAAAUGGCCCACAGGCGAAGCAACAAGUCUAGCAAGGUACCUAACGUGAAACUGAGGCCUGCUGCCCCAGCAUCACGCGGAUCGAAGAGUCAGGAUAUUGAUCAAGAAACGCAUUUGCCAGGAUGGGGAGUUGAUUCGGACCAGGAUACCAGUGCCAUAGACCUAUGUCCGCGUCCGUUCCGGAAUGUUGUUCUCUGUGCUACGGGUGUCGAUGACAAGACAACCCUAUUCAAGAUGGCAAUUGAGUUGGGGGCGACAUCUUCGAACGACCUCACAGACAAGGUCACUCAUCUCCUAGCGUUGGAACCCGGGAGCGCCAAAUAUAGGUGCGCUCUGGAGAACAAGGUUCCCAUCAUGCAUCCCUCAUGGGUCAUUGAGAGCCAUAAGGUCUGGCUCAAAGGCGACGAUGUGGACUUCAAGGAGAGUGAGAUUCAACAUCGCCUGCCGGCUUUUUCGGGCAUCACAGUAUGUGUAUCGGGCAUCGAAGACAUCCAUCGGCGAACGGAGAUCAAUCGGCUCGUCACUCAAAAUGGCGGGAAAUACGUCAAAAACAUCGAGCGCCCCGUCAAAGUGACGCACCUGCUCUGCGCCAGUGGCAACGACGAGACGACAGAAAAGAUGCGUUAUGCGGAGAAGUUCAACCAACGGCGCGAAGCGAGCAUCCACGUCGUAUGGGAGGAGUGGUUCUGGGACUCGCUCGACUUUGGAGGUAAAUUCGAUGAAGAGAGAUACAAGGUGUCAAGUCCCCCACCUCCACGAAGGGUACAACAUGAAGAGCUCAGGCUCGCGACCCCGCCCCCACCUCCGUCUUCCACAGUGCCAGAGGACUCCCUCUCAUACAUCUCGUCGACAAGAGCGGCUACCCAUGAUCUCCUCAGCGGAGCAACCAACGACGAAGAAGAAGUUGUGUCCGUGCGACGCGUACCAGCUGAGAUGCUGGAGAUGUGGGGUAGCAUCCUGAAACCGCGCGGCUUCGAGGUGAUGAGCGGCAAGCUCAUCCGCAGCCCGUCCAAGUCUCAGUCGGUCGCUGCCCAGGGCGAGAAUGGCAGCAAGGCCCACGCGCGGGAGGCGUCGCCGACAAGGAGCAAGGUGCGACGAAAUGCGAUGAGGAGAUCCGUCGGUGCCGACGGCGGCCAGCCUGCCAGUGUUCUGUCGACAUUAAAGCGGACCGAGUCCUUCGCUCCUGUAGCAAACGACAAGGCUGCUCCGCGCCAGCCCUUCGGACGUUCUGUUACUCCGAGGCGGUCGUCCUCGUAUCUCACUCAUUCGUCAGCUCUUCAGUCCCAGACAGAAUCCAUCGAUUCUCGUCGAUGGCUCAGUGCCGCCGAAAAGGGCAAGGGAAGAAUGCAUGACGAGACAAUGUCGCCAGAGGCGAGCAGGUCGUCGGCCUUGUUCGCUGGUCUGAGGUUCCGAGCAUUGGGAGAGGCUAGAGGGACGACGGUUAAAACGGCAGUGGAGGAUUGUGGUGGUCGCGUCGUCUCGGAUGACGAUGAUGGAGAAGUGGACUUCAUCAUCGUGCGGCUAGUCAGCGGCACUUCCUUGUACCAAACGGAGAUGGACGAAAUGGAGCGCACGAAGUACCGGACUGAGUGCUGGCUAGAACGUUGCAUCUUCGACGAGCGGAUAUGUCCGCCGGAGGAGCAUGUCGCCUUCACACCGCUGAAAGUCAAGCUGCCUGUCCUUGGGGCGGAGCACUUGAGCAUCAGCUACUCUGGUCUAGAUCAGUCAGAAGUAUGCUGGAUCGGCCGCCUCGCUCGUGCUAUUGGUGCAAACGUGGCGCCCAGCCUUUCCCGUCAGUCAACACAUUUGCUUUGUCCCUCAGGCACCGGAGCAAAGGCGGACAAGGCGCGCCAGUGGGGCAUCCCUGUUGUCGAUAUGAAUUGGUUGUGCGAACUCGCGACGGUAGGGGUGAUAGCCCCCGCGACUGUAGAGGACAAGCCUGACAAUAACAGAGAGACACCCACGGACGUAGAUGUGAAUGUGAGCCGUAGGGCGAAAGGCAAGCAGAGGGCCACAGAUCCUAUCAUCAAAGACAUCACCAACGAAUUACCUUCGGGCACGGAUCAGGAACGGAAGGCAAUGCAAGAAUCAAAACCUGGUUCAAUCGACCACGAAAACGAAGUCGAGGCAGAGGAUCGUGCUGUCUUCGGGCUGCCAAACGCACUGCUGAGUGAACCUCUCAAGCGACAAUCCUCCGCCGUGACGGCGAUUCCUCUCAGCCAAGCCACGACCUUCACCGACGAGACUGAGACAGAACCUGGCCUCCCGUCCGAGCGUAUUCUCGUCGCGGAUAGUCGACAGUCGUCGCUGGCACAGCUCACGACGAAUAUACAAGCAGACCGUGUUCCGUCGUCGGAGUCGCCGUCGCCCGUGAAACUGCUUCCUGGCUCUGGAAGUGCGCCACCAUCGCCUAGUAAAAUGUCCGUCGACACAGCAAAGGUUCUGCAGAAAAAUGUAACCUCACUGCUUGGCAAGCGACUGUCAACAGAGGACGAAGGUUCUGACACAGGCAACCCGACCGGAUGCAAGCGGUCACGACCACCUACCCGGACAGCUUCCGGAUCUAGAUUGGAACUUCCUCUGCAAGUCGACCCAGAGGUCCUACCUGUACCCCUUCAGGCAGACAGGCCAAACCCUGCAAUCAGCGCAGAGAUCCGGCCUAGCGGGCGCCCAGAAGACAAAAGCGUCCGGGUCACUUAUGAGGAUCCGCGGCAGAACGCAGAGAAAAAGAAGCUCAUGAAGCUACUUACCUCUCAGAAGCGGGAAAUCUGGGAGGAAGGCGAUGACGGCUGCGGCUCUGGGACAGGUACGAGCUCGAAAAGAAAGAAACAAAAGAAGAGUACCCGCGGUGUGGGCUUUUAAGUCUUGUUUAUCGAAGUAUUUUAUCUCAUUUCAGCGAUGGAUCUGUACAAGUGCGUAAUGAUGUAUCCGCAUAUUAGCUGAACAGUCUAAAAUGCAGACGUGG